CUAGUCCAGCCAAUAAAUAGCCGCCUGGUCUGGGAUUCUGGCUCAUGCUAAUUCUGUCUCUGGACAAGCGGAGCACUGCAGGACUGACUGUGGACAGAACAGAGCGUCAGGCAUGCAGCAGCCACGGCUCUUUGGCUUCCUGGCCCUGAUUCUUGGAUGCUUGCUCCAGGCACAGGCUGAAGUCCCGGUUCAGCCAAACUUCCAGCAAGAUCAGUUCUUAGGGAGAUGGUACAGCAUCGGCCUGGCCUCCAAUUCCAAAUGGUUCAAGGAAAAGAAGUCGGUGAUGAAGAUGUGUACCACAAUGGUAACACCCACAGAAGACGGAAACCUGAAUAUAACUUCCACCUACCCCAAGCUCGAUCAGUGCGAGACGAGAAAGAGUCUUUUUGUUCUGACUGACCAGCCAGGCCGAUUCACCUACAUCAGCCCACGGUCUGGAAGCCCACAUGAAGUCCGAGUGGUGGAGACCGACUACAAUGAGUAUGCGUUGGUGCAUGUCAAGAAGAUGAAGGGCACGGAGACCUUCACAAUGGUGACACUGUAUGGCAGACGCAAGGAGCUGAACCUGGGGUUGCUGGAGAAAUUCACUCGGUUUGCCUUGGAGCAGGGACUCGCCCAGGAGAACAUCCUCACCUUGCCUCGGACUAAUCUGUGCAUGGAGGAAUCUGUGUAGUGCUGUCUCGAGUGAGAAAGAUCUUUGCUGAUCUGCAGUCCUGGAUUUCUUCCAUGCUUGAGGCAGCAGCCAUUUCUGCUGAACCCUACACCUCUCUCGAGUCAAACUCUUCAUGUGUAAUAUCUUCUCUUGACUAAAAAGUAAACAAGUUAUACCACAA